UUCUCGAACCCACCUCCAUUAACAACUCUCCCUCCUCUGUUUUGACCCAUCAUCUGUUGCUGAAGCUGGUUUUGCUGUGAAAACAAACCCUCUCUGGUUUGUCUUCCCCAAAUCGAAGAAGAGCACUGGUGUUUCAUCAUUUGGUCAUGUCUCGGUCGAUGAAAGAACGAUGAGAUUGGACUAUCACACCGUCCUGCUGUUGCUCACAUCGUUCAAUCUUCUUCUCCCUUCUAUCUUUGGAAAAUCUGGUGGAGUUUGUAUUUCUCCAGGUGGCCGGUUUCCCCCCUUUGCAAAUGAAGGAAAACCUCCUAGCAAAGUAAGCAAGGGCCGUAAAGAGUUGACCCUUUGCAGGGUGUUCCGUAAAAAGACAUGCUGUGAUGUUGCCCAGACACAUCCAGCUUUGUUAUCCAUUAGGAGGCUGGCCUUAACAGGUGAAGCCAGUCAAGAGUGCUUGCAAUUGUGGGAAUUGUUGGAAUGUUCUAUUUGUGAUCCUCAUGUUGGUGUACAGCCAGGACCUCCUCUCAUGUGUGCUUCUCUUUGUGAUAGAAUUAAAUACAGUGGUCUAGGGUAUGCAGAACUAGGGAGACAGUGAUGAGGUAUGAUAGAU